GCGCGGCCACGUCAGUCUCCUCCCACCGAGAGCGGGCGGACGCUGCUGGGGCUCCGUGACGAGCUGAGCCCCGGACAGCUGCUGCUGCUGCUGCCCCGGCAGUCAUCGAGGAGCGACCGUGCUUGCUGGGACUGAAGGACCGGAGGGUUACAGCAAACAUAAAAAAGGUUUCCUGAAAGGUUGGAGCAGUCACAGUGACAUGGGCAGUAAACGCAAUUACACACCCCGCAGAGCUAACACAGGAGCCUUGCCUGAACUUGCCGAGCAGAAAAUGACUCAAAGAAAUGGAAUCAGAGGGACGAGCGAGCGCUUCCUCCACUCGGAGGCAACCAGGGUUUGUGAGCAGGCCAACGGCACGGAGCACGAAAAAGAGGCCCACGACUGUGAAUGCGAGGAGGGGGGUCAGGGAGGAGAACGCACAAACUCAGUGGCUGUGAGGGGGGCUGUCACAGCUCCAGAUGGUGGUUGGGGCUGGGUGGUGCUGGUUGCCACCAUCCUGGUCCUGGCCUUGACCCUGGCCUUCCCCUCCUGUGUAGGAAUCUUUUACACUGACUUGCAGAAUGAUUUCCACGCCUCCAACAGCGAAACCUCAUGGGUGCCCUCCAUCAUGACAUCAGUGCUUCAUGCAGGAGGUCCCUUUUGUAGCGUGUUGGUGGAGAGACUCGGCUGCCGAGCCACGGUCAUGUUGGGCGGGGUCCUGAGUGGCCUCGGAAUGGCCGCCAGCUCAUUCACUCAGUCCAUCACCCAGCUGUACAUCACGGCCGGGGUUAUUACAGGGCUUGGCUUCUGCUUCAGUUUCCAACCAGCUGUGACAAUCCUGGGACACUACUUUGUGCGUCGUCGUGCAUUCGCCAACGCCAUGUCCUCCACUGGCACAGCCCUGGGCCUGUGCACUCUGCCUGUCCUGGGUAACUACCUCCACACAGAACUGGGCUGGAGAGGGAGCUUCCUCGUUCUUGGGGCCGUCCUGCUCAACUGCUGUGUGUGCGGAGCAGUGAUGAGGCCCCUCCAGCCCCCCAAGCAUCGAGGCCAGCCCCUGAUGAACCACGGACCCCCUCCGCCAGAGGAGGAAAAAGUGAGGAAGAAAAAAGGGAGGUUGAGGAUGAUAUGGAGCUGCCUCGUGACUUCUAUGAGCAAACACAUGGCCUUUGAUCAGUUCUGCAACAACUCGCGUUACUGUGCGUACGCCAUAGGCAUCACCUGGAUGAUGCUUGGGUUUGUGGUGCCCUUGGUGUACCUGGUUCCCUACGCCACCGCCAACAACAUGGAGCAGGGCCAGGCGGCGCUCCUGCUCUCCGUCCUGGGUAUUGUCAACAUCGUUGUGCGGCCACCCUUUGGCAUCAUCGUCAACAUGCCGUGGUUCAAAGGGCGACACGUUUACAUAUUUGCCUCAGCUCUGCUGGUCAACGGGCUCAGCAACAGCAUCUGCUGCAUCGGGUCCAGCUUCCCUGUACUGCUGACUUACGUGGUGACCUACGGGCUUUCCAUGAGCGUUGUGGGCUCCCUGAUGUUCACUGUCCUCAUGGAUAUAGUGGAGAUGAGCCGCUUCCCCUCAGCCCUCGGCCUGCUUGCUAUCAUGGAGAGCAUCACGCUGCUCAUCGGGCCUCCACUGGCAGGAAUCCUGGUUGACAGAACAGGCCAGUACUACCACGUCUUCUUUGCCUGCAGCGCCGUCGUUGCCUCGUCCGCUGUGUUCCUCAUGGUGUCAUUUUCCUGGCUGGACAGGAAGGAGAGGAAGGCAAAAAAGCAGGGUCAGCCGUCUGCACUGCCCGAACCAGGCAGACCUGCUGCCGACGUCGCUCCCGGCUGUCAGUACAGCAGCGUGCCUACGGAGGGGGACAAAGACAAGGCCCCGGCCAAUGGGGCAGAGUACAUCACCAGCCUCUGAACUUGCUCACACUGUGUGUUACCCUUAACACAAAUCACACACUAGGUCUGACACGUUUUGCAAAUAAUUCCUAAUGUUUGCAUCAGCUUGCUUGGUGCGCCAGAUGUUGCAAAAUUACCUUUUUUGCGGCUGAAAGGCAGCACACCUGAAUUAGUCUGAAUUAUCCCAGUGUGAUGAACCCUUCUGCCAUCUGGUACGCCAUAAAAGUCUAAACAAAUACUAUGAAUGAUUUGCACUGUUUGACCUAGUUUGGACACUUGAUCCUACAUACCAAAAUGAACAGAUGUGCACUUACAACUGCAAUGUGAUUGUACUGUUUAUUGUAAAAUGCUGCUGAUCUUAUCUACAUGAUCACACGGUCUAUCAUAUAUGAGGUAUCUCACUUUAUCAAGCCAAGUUAAUAUACAUGAUCCUUUGCAAGAAAUCAUGCAAAAUCAUUUCCAAAUGUUCGCUGGAGUAAUGUGUGAUAUUGUAGGCACAAACCAAGUGGCUGUGAUCAGAAAACAAGCAAACUGAGCAGUGAGAUCAAUGGGUGAAAUCAAAGCAGUGAAAACACAGUAGGAACUAAUGAUCAAGGAAAAGACCUGUGUUGUUAUUUUAUAUUUGUCUUAUUGACAAAAAAAAUAUCCCCCAAAACAGUGCAUUAGUUAGUUAGCAUGGUUGGAUUACAUGGCCCCAGCAUCACUAUUAGGUAAUAAUCAUACAAUAUCUGUUGACAUUGGGUGUGCUCCAACAGUGCCUGUUCGUGCCAAUUGAACAUGUUUUUUUUCUCCAUUUCAAUUCAGCAAAAACAGCACAUGCCGCUUCUGCUGUUUGUGUAUGUAAACAAAAUGCCAUGUGUUCCCGCAGUAUUGCAAACAAUACAGAUAUUAAACACGUCACAUGCAGCUUACAGUGAGGGAAUCCAAAUAGAAAACAGUCUCUGCCAACAUAUUUAAAAGUUGUGAAAAGAUUGAAAUUAGCACACGUGUCCACCACCCACUUCUGCUUCACCAUCAACACACAGAGAUGCAGCAUCUUAUUAUAUCUAUUCUCCAUAUUUUUCAACCUUUGCUGCUACAUAACAAGUGGCAUGCUGGCAUGGCCAAACCAAGUGCUGCCAUUACGAGGAAGUGUUGAUUUAUCAAAUUAUCAUAAACCACCUGCUGCUCCAUGAACUUGGAUUGUUGGGGCUUAUCAAUGUGUAGAUUGUUUCUCUCAGUAUUUGCACCUUCCCUGCCUUGUCUGUGGUCCCACACUCAUUGGCUCCUACUUAACACAUAAAUCUUUUAAAAAAAGAUCUAGACUAUUAUAUAAAAAGUCUUUAAUUUCUUAAAACAGCUGGGCUCAAACAGGAGGAAAUUGUAUAUUUGUUGGGGACUAUUUUUAGCAGUGGAUGAAUACACAUUUGGUGCUUUAGUGAGUAUUUGGGGCUGCAGGAUGGUGUGUGUGUGUGUGUCACCCAAUACAACAGUGUGGCUCAUUAAUGUGUUUUAAUAGUUUUUGAACAACAAUGGAGCUCUAACACAGAGGAAUGGGAUAUAUCAGGGUUUUGAGAGACACAAUACUUGUUAAUAGGAUCAAUUUAUUGUUGAUUUUGGUCUUUUCAUGCGGGAAUUGUUGACAAUAAGAAAUAUAUAGAAUAACACCAGCGUCAUUAUUUAAUUGUUUAAUAGGUAAAGGACUGUUACAGGAGGCCUUUAACAGGGUGUAGAAAAGGAUAGUAUGCUUGUUUUACAUCUUAUAUCUUCAAAGGAAAAUUAUUUGUAGUGAAGGCAUUAAACACAGCAUGCUGACAUAUUACACCCAUGUUAAUGAGUUUGGGUUUGGCAUUAGAUCACUGACAGUGCAUAGACAAAGAGGCUGAAUCAGUUGGUCGUUCACUGUCACACGCAGAAAAUGAACAUGCACUGUAAUAGCAGUAAGUGAAUCAUGUUGUUUUUCUUUCGCAUGCUUUUCAUUCCUUAAUGGAACAGUGCCUUUUUAUAUAACUGGUAUAUUUCUAAAAGAUCAAAUACAACCACAGGAUAAUAUCCAGCCCUUUCAGGAAUGCAUGGGAUAAAAGAUGAUUUUAUGCUGUAUGUCGGAGGUUUGAACCAUUUCAUGAGAGGAAUAUUUUGAAGGCACUGAGGAGUCAGCAGCUGAUAUGUACAAACUGACAUGUUUUAUGACACUGUAACUGAGUUUACCUUCAGUUUUGAUCAGAGAAUUUAUGUGACAGACUUAUCUUUGAUAAAUAGACAGCAGGACUAUCACACCACCUGUAAAGGUUUGAACAAAGCUAUCUCAAGUCACAUGUUAUUGAAAGUGAUAUAUAAAUUUCAGGUAUAAGCUGUGUUGCAGUGCACAAAAGUGUAACCAGAGGCUUCUCCACAAUGAGAGGAUUUGUUAGUAAUUUUUAGAGCUUGUCUUGCUUUGGGCCAAAUUAUACCUUUAUUAUAAAUUCUUUAUUUAUAUAAUGUGAUCAGGAGGAAAAUAAAUGUUUGAAUAUCAAA